UGGCACACGCCUGUAAUCACAGCUACUAGGGAGGCCGAGAGAGGAGAAUCACUUGAACCCAGGAGGUGGAGGUUGAAGUGAGCCGAGAUCAUCCUACUGCACUCUAGCUUCGGCAACACAAGUCAGACCACAUCUCAAAAAAGAAUAUAUAUAUAUGUUUGUGUAUAUAUAUAUGUGUGUGUGUGUGUGUGUGUGUGUAUAUAUAUAUAUAUAUAUAUAUAUAUAUAUAUAGCUAAGACAAUUUUUGAAAAGGAAGAAUAAGGUGGGAGGAAUGACUCUACCAUAUUUCAACACUUUUUAUAUAGCUACAGGAAUCAAGACUGUAUAGUAUUGGGAGAAGAAUAGACACUCAGAUCACUGUAACAAAAUAGAUAACCUAUAAAUAUCCCCACACUGAUUUUUUACAAAGAGACAAAAAGAAGGAAGGAUCAUCUGCUUAUCAAUUGGUGCUGGAGCAGUUGCAGAGCCAUAGGCUAAAAAAAAACAAGACCUAAUCUUCAUAUUUUUAUACAAAAAAACCUGAAGUGGAUUAUAAAUUUAAAUCUAAAAUAUAAAACUAAAAAAAAAAAAAAAACUUUUACAAGAAAGCAUAGGACAAACGUCUGAGGUCUAGGGCAUAGUGAAUGGUACAAAAAGCAUAAUCCAUAAGGAAAACAAAUAAAUUAGAUUUCACCCAAUUUAAAACUUGUGCUCUGCAAGAAACCCGUUAAAAGGAUGAAAAAACAGGGUCUUGACUAGGAGAAAAUAUUUGCAAACCACAUAUCCAAGACAGGACUCACAUUCAGAAUAUACAAUGGAUAUGUAUAAUACUCUCAAAACUCAAUGGUAGGCUGAGCGUUGUAAUCCCAGUACACUGAAAGGUCGAGGUAGAUGGAGGGCAGAUCCCUUGAGGCCUGGAGUUCGAGACCAGUCUGGGCAACAUGGGAAACCCAUCUCUACUAAAAAUACAAAAAUUAGACAGACAUGAUGAUGCACGCCUGUAAUCUGCCACCACACUCCAGCCUAGGCGACAGAGCGAGACGCUGUCUCAACAACAACAGCAACAAUGAACUAUUGAUACACAAAUAUUAAUAUCUUGGGUGAAUCUCCAGGUAUUUAUGCUGAGUGAAAUAAGCCCUUAAAAUGUCAUAUACUAUAUAUUUCAUUUGUACAGCAUUGUAGAAAAGACAAAAUUGUGGAAAUGAAAAACAGAUUAGUGGUUGCCAGGAAGUAGGGAUGGUGGAUGGGAGGAGAGUGAGUAUUACUAAAAAUGAGUAGCACAAGGGAUAGCAUUGUGGUGAUGGAAAUGUUCUGUACCUUUUAUUUUCCCCCGCAAGAGGGAUUCUCCCUAGGCUGGAAUACAGUGGCAUGAUCUCGGUCCAUUGCGACAUCUGCCUUUCGGGUUCCAGUGAUUCACCUGUCUCAGCCUCCCAUGUAGCUAGGACUACAGGCACCCACCAACUCACCUAGCUAAUUUUUGUAUUUUUAGUAGAGAUGGGGUUUCUUCAUGUUGCCCAGGCUGGUCUCAAACUCCUGACCUCAAGUGAUCCGCCCACCUAGCCCUCCCAAAAUGCUGGGAUUACAAGCAUGAACCACUGUACCUGGCCAUGUUCUGCACAUCAAAACACUUUCACUGAAUGUAGAUGCCAUUACAUUCUAUUACGUUACAAAGCAAAAGGGAGCUUCAUAAACGUUGUUCUACUAUGUAUCAACUGAAAAAAAAAACAUAUAUUCCAGAAAAAGGUUUUGAAGACACAUGGGAGUGGAAUGUGCCUGCAUUAAGAGCAGAGCUUUUACAGGACCACCUGUCUGCAGCCGGCUCCCAAGCACCACUGAAAACAGCUGCUACACUCAGAACGACAAGAUUGUCUUGUUAAUGAUUUCACUGGACUCUCGAACGUUAUCCUCCUUGACCACUAGCAGAGGCGAAACCUCAUGAUGUCACCAUGGAUUGGCUUGGCCAGAAGUCCACAAUCUCGAAGUCGUAGAUAUACCUUCCAAGCAUCACAACCUUUGUUGUCUUGAAUAACAAUUGUGUUUAAAAUUCUUUUCCUCCUGGGCACAGUAGCUCAUGCCUGUAAUCCCAACAUUUUGGUAGGCUGAGGCAGGUGCAUCACCUGAGGUCAGGAGUUCAAGACCAGCUUGGCCAAUAUGGUAAAACCCCGUCUCUACUAAAAAUACAAAAAUUAGCUGGGCAUAGGUGCACAUGCCUGUAAUCCCAGCUACUCAGGAGGCUGAGGCAGGAGAAUCACUUGAACCCAGGAAGCAGAGGUUGCAGUGAGCCAAGAUAGCACCAUUGCACUCCAGCCUGGGUAACCAGAGUGAACCUCUGACUCAAAAAAAUGACUAAAUGAAUAAAUAAAGCAAUCAUUUUCCUCUUACGGCAGUUACAACAUCAGAAGGUAGCUUCAUGGGUUCAUUUCUCAAGAUAAUAUCCAUUUUUUCCUGCAUUUUCAGCACGGUUUUCUUCUUCUAAAACCUCAAGGGCUGCAAUGGCCACUCAGCAGCCUAGUGUAUUGCCAUCGUAUGUGUAACCAUGUUCCCCUGGUUUAAUGGUCAGCAUUAUGCCAUCGUCCCACAGCACCGCAGUCACAGAGUAUCAACCCCUAGAAAGGGCCUUUCCAAGGAGGACUAUAUCAGGUCUGACAUUUUCAUGAUCAAUAGCCAGCCAUCUACCAUUUUUGGCCAGUCCUAUCUGUAUUUCAUCAGCAAUGAACAGAACCAAGCUGGGAACAUGAGAUGGGACCAGGGUCAGACUGCUCCCGGUGCCAUGAACAGAGACGAAGACUGUGCAAAGAGAGCUAGGGAUGAUGCUCAAACACCAGAGAAGAUACAAAAGGCCUUUGAUGAUAUUGCCAAAUACUUCUCUAAGAAAGAGUGGGAAAAGAUGAAAACCUCAGAUAAAAUCAUCUAUGUGUAUAAGAAGAGAAAGUAUGAGGCCAUGACUAAACUAGGUUUCAAGGUCACCCUCUCACCUUUCAUUCAUAAUAAACGGGCCACAGACUUCCAGGGGAAUGAUUCUGAUAAUGAUCGUAACCACGGGAAUCAGGUUGAACGUCCUCAGAUGACUUUCAGCAGGCUCCAAGGAAUCUUCCCAAAGAUCAUGCCCAAGAAGCCAGCAGAAGAAGGAAAUGAUUGGAAGGGAGUGCCAGAAGCAUCUGACCCACAAAACCAUGGGAAACAGCUGUGCCCUCCAGGAAAACCAAAUACCUCUGAGAAGAUUAACAAGAGAUCUGGAAAUAGGGAGGCCCAAGAAAAGGAAGAGAGGCAGGGAAGAGCUCAUCCAUGGAGCAGUCAGAACACACACAACAUUCAUCUAUUAAGUUUGUCAUCGUCUAUGGGUGCAGUUCUUGUUACCCCCAAAAUGAUUUCACAC